UGAGGUGAAAUAAAUGUUGUUUCUAAAAGGUUAUUCAAUUAUUAGUUUUUAAUAAUAUAUAUACACAAUGUAAUAAAUGGGCCUGAUUGAUAAAAUAAUGAUAACGAAGAUCGAAACGGCCCGAAAUGAAACAUGGGUUGGACCCACUGAUCUUUUUAAAAAAUAUCAUAAAACUUCAAUCAGUCGUCGUCUUCGUCACCUUCCAAAAUUAACAGAUUCACGUCAACGUUCUUCAGAUUUGCUUUCUCUCCUCCCAGCUUCUCAAGUUGAUUCCUUUUCAUCAACGAUUAAACAAUUCUGAGACUUUGAACUCGUUGACGAGCUUGAGUUUUGAGAACUCAAAUCUGACUCUCUGUUUCUAUCCAUGGAACCUCCAUUACAGAGUUUGACUCUGUUUCUUGUCUGCUUCCUCUUCCUCGUCUCUGCUUCUAUCUUAGUUGACUCACAGUCACAAGAUUCAUCCAUCUCUCCUCCUCCACCACCACCCCAAUCAUUAACUCAACCGCCGCCGCCUCCUCCGGUAAAGGUCGGGAGUAGCAAACCGAUUCACGAGAAGCAUCACCAAAGAAAAAAAUGGAGACAGAGAAGGAACCAAAAGCAUCCACAGCCUCGGAAGCUGAACACGGGGAAGACGGUGGGGUUUUUCUUCGCCGGUGCAGCUACAGCUUUGCAAGUAGUUGUUGCUGCUUUCUUGCUUCUCAAAAGAAGACAGCUUCUCCUCAAGAUCAGCAACGAUAACAGACACUGAUUCAAAUACACUAAAGCAUCAUCAUCUUCUUCUCUUCGGAUCUUUGCUGUUGGAGUUAAGUCAUCUCAGUUUUGGUCCUCUUUUGUCUGUAAAGUUUUGGUUCUUGAUCCAAAUGAAAAUUUUAGUUUUGCUGCUUCAAAGCUUUAGUCUUUCAGACAAAUCUCUCUAGUAGUCUAAUCUGGAACCAGUCGUUUCAAUAAAAUGUUGUUUGGUAAUAAUAAUCUCAAAUUUGAUGAUACAUUUUAGUAUCAUUGUGUUGUUUUGAUUCCCUAGUGAUAGAUCUAAGUUAGACUUAAAAGGAGGAUUGUACGCAUCAUGUCUCCUUUUUUUUUGAAUGGUGUUUAAUGUCAUGCAUUAUCAUGUAGAAUAGUUGCAGUGGACCGAGCUGAACUUAAGUAUAUUGGACCACUCAAACCCCAUUUGGAGAGAGCCUUGUCCUAAAAAGUUAGCUUUAUCUUUGUUUUUCUUCUUCUUCUAAGGUGAAUGCUUAUACUUAGUUUUAGCAAGUAAACAUAAACGGUGUGACUAACUUCAGGAUAUGAAAAUGAAAAGCUCACAUUACAAUGUAACCAUGUUGACAGGUUUUUGAAGAAUGACAAGGAAUACAAAACAGACAAGACAAGA